AUGGAUAUAGAUGAUGACGGGAGGUUAAAAAAUAUUUUCUGGGCAGAUCCUUGUAGUAGUGCAGCGUACCAAUAUUUCGGUGAUGUGGUCACAUUCGACAUCUCAUACCUAACAAAUCGAUAUGGGAUGCCAUUUGCACCAUUUGUUGGUGUAAACCACCAUGAGCAAUCAAUUCUGUUGGGAGCAGGCUUGAUUUCCAGUGAGGAUACUGAGACUUUUGUGUGGUUAUUCGAGACAUGGUUGCAAUGCAUGGAUGGUAUCGCUCCGAAAGCUAUUAUCACUGAUCAGAAUAGAGCGACGAAACAUGCAAUCGCAAUUGUUUUCCCAAAAAUCCAACAUAGAUUUUGUCUUUGGCAUAUACUGAAGAAAGUUCCCAAGAAGCUUGGCUCAUAUGGUUCCUACAAAACUGGAAUAAAAAAUGCAUUGAUGAAAUAUGUAUAUGACACCCAACGUGUUGAUGAGUUUGAGAAAUGUUGGGAUCAAUUGCUUACCACUUACAACUUGCAUGAAAAUGCGUGGUUGCAAAGCCUAUACGUUGAGCGUGAACAUUGGGUACCGGUAUUUUUGAAAGAGUGUUUUUGGGUUGAAAUGAGUACAAUGCAGCGAAGCGAGAGUAUGAAUAUAUUUUUUGACGAUUAUGUUCAUUCUAUGACAAAUUUGAAGAAAUUUGUAGACCAGUUUGAUAACGCGUUGAAAAAAAAGAUUGAGAAUGAAAAUAUUGCGGACUUCCAGUCAUUUAAUGUCACAAUCAACUGUAUAUCUAGAUCUCUGAUUGAAAAGAGGUUCCAAAAGUUGUACACAAAUGCUAAAUUCAAGGAAGUUCAAUAG